AUUUGAUCAAUAUCAACUGCUAGAAUCCGGCGAUAUAUCAUGAAUCGUUAGAUUCCAUGCGGCUCUCAGAGUGAGCUUGUAACGCCAUACUCACUUGUCCCAACGCGAUGUCCCAUGCGGGCGCGUCGGCUCAGCCAGUAUCCAGUCAAUUAACGGUGAUCAUCACAACAUCCCCGACGCCUUCUGCCCCCUCAACAGAACUCAUAUCAGCAAUAUUAUCAUCGUUUCGCAGUCAUUGCAGCCUGUUACUGUCUUGUCGGGUGAUCGUCGUGUUCGACACGUACGAUCGCAUUGCAACCCACGCAAGGUUGAAGAAAGGCCAAGUUACUCCCGACGGAGCCAGGACCUUCGACGAUUAUAAACGAAAUGUUAGAAAACUCAUUUUAAAGGAGUUUAGACAGGAUGAUAGCGAAGAGAAUCUGGUUGAGGGCCAUGGUGAAGCCGAAUUUGGCCAUAGUGCCGUCGAAGCAAACUUCGUUUCUUUCUUAACAUCACAGACGGUGGACGAGCAAGUUACGUUCAUAGAACCAGCGAAACGGUUGGGGUUUGGAUUGGCUGUACGCUCAGCCCUGAGAUUAACAACUACGCCUUUCGUCUGGGUACAGCAGCAUGAUUGGCCUCUGGUCUCCGAUAUCACAUUGGAACCGUUAUUAGAUAUCAUGCGACGGUCUGAAUCCGACGAGAACACUCCAGUGAAAUAUAUCUGUUUUCCGUCCAUACGUUUACUGUCAUAUGCCGAUUCCGCUCAUGUUACACAUUUCCCUAUGCUGAAAGGGCUGACUGCGUCUUUAAAACGCGAUUUCGUUAUGGAAUCCGGAGUCAGUGUUCCUCUUACACCAAUGUUUUUCUGGCAUGACAAGCCUCAUCUAGCGUCCACCCAGCACUAUCUAUCCCGCGUCUUCCCAACACGUCUUUCGAUGUCGAGGGGAGCUUUUAUCGAAGAUACUAUCGGACAACGAUCAAGGAACCAGAUGAAGCUGGGAAACUGGGUAAAGUGGGCAACCUGGCUAUACUACCCUGAUAACGGAGAGAGACUGUGCCUGCGACAUCUUCAGGGGCGCACGUGGCAAGGCACGGAAAAGGAGUUAGAAAUGAAGGCUAUCUGGAUGGCGCGGAACACACAGCAAACCAAUCAUGUCGAGUAACAGGAUCAUUCAUACCUGUAGCAAUACAGCUCGGCCACCAUCCAGUGAUCGGCCAGUCGACUCCGAGAAUACGGCGGAUCAUGAUGAAUCGUGAGUUAGAUCCACAGGAUACGAACGGAAAUGAUGGAGCUAGGUUGCUGGGAUAUGAGAAACACGGGAGUUAACGGUUUUGAAUUCAAUUUUAUGCCUUCUCUUAUAUUUUCAUCCACAUUUUUGAACUACCCUUCACCCCAUCACUGCGCACAGUCGCGUGUACGCGCUCGACCGAUGUGUGUAAGGGAUCGACCUGGCUCAAGACGUACGAAUCCUGGUAAUAC